AGAUCAAUCAAUGCCCAAAAACAAAAAUUAAAUGAAAAAUUGAAUAAAAUUCAUCCCCAAAAUCCUAACAAGUGUUGGACUCUUGGGCUUUUCUCUCUUCCUCUCCAUCCGUCCUCAGUUUCCAUGGCAAACCCACAAACCACAUCUACUGCGGCGGAAGUAAAGAACGUCUACUCGGUGUGGGCCCUCCCGCCGGAUGACGUGGCCCCCAGGCUGAAGAAGCUGAUGCAGGGCCUCCGUGCCGAGUUCGGUGGUCCACAGUUCGAGCCCCACAUCACCGUGGUGGGGGCCAUCAGCCUGACCCUGGACGACGCCCUCGCGAAGUUCCGAUCGGCUUCUGAGGGCCUCAAGGCCUACGACGCCAAGGUUGAUCGCGUGGCCACCGGCACCUUCUUUUACCAGUGCGUUUUCCUCCUCAUAAAUCCGACCCCUCAGGUGGUGGAAGCUAGUGCUCACUGCUCUGGCCAUUUCGGUUUCAAAAGCUCAAACCCUUAUAUGCCACAUUUGAGCAUCCUUUACGGUGAUCUGACCGACGAAGAGAAGAAGAAGGCGCAAGAAAAAGCUAGCACUCUCGACGACAGCAUUGCCAGCCUGAGCUUCCCCGUUACUCGCCUUGCGUUGUACAAAACCGACACCGAAGAUAUAACUCUCAAGUCCUGGGAGAAGAUUGCUGAGUGCACCCUCGAAUCGAAUUAGUUCUCUUACUGCGUGCUUAUGAUCAAGCUUGUAAUCAGGUUCUGUUUCAGUGUCCCUGUCAUCUCUUGAUCAAAAACAUUAACAAGUUGGAGGUUUUGUUGUAAUGUCAAUUGUCAAAGGCUUAAAGCUGUCACAGAGGAUGGGGUUUUUAAGUAAACGCUUGGUUUGGUGAUCACUAAUCCACUAUGGUUUUAAUAUGUUCCACUAUUUGUAUAGGGACACGUGAUGUACCAACCCGUGUUCUGGUCAUACUAAAAAAAUCUCUAGUAUGCUGGCUAUGGUUUUGUGUGUACAAACUGUGGCAUCGGUGUUUUGGCUGGCUCUUUUGGGUUGUGUGUAGCCUCAUGUACUGUUCUUAUCUAUAUAUUAGAGUUUUUGUGCAUUAUUGGUA